AUGGGCCUCCCCGAUCCAAACCCACAAUUCUCCUACCUCGUAAGCCAGCUCAGGAAGGACCUCGCCCACCUCCACGUCACCGAGACACGUAUCAGCGGAAAUAUCGACGUGGAUGCGCCACCACAGAGUAACAACAAUUUCUUGCGCGAGAUAUGGCGCAAGGAGAGCAAAAUCAGUGCGGGUGGGUACACAUGA